GAAGGGCCUGAUGGCGAAGCCCUGGGGGCGAUCAAGUGCAGAAGUCGCAGAACCUCCCUCCAAGGGGGGCAAGCGCAGAGCUGCUGCGGAGACUCCUGGAGCGGCGCCAUCGGGUGGUUUAUCGAACGGCGCUGUUCUGAAGGGAAUUAUCAAGUCCUACAACAGGUCGACUGGCUAUGGCUUCGUGAACGCCGCGGGCCACCAGGGGUGUUCUGGAAUCGACAUGUACUUCCAGACCCGGGACAUGAGCCCCGCGCUGCAGGAGCGAGCCGCCCAGCGAGACGGCGUUCAAGGCGCCCCGGUGCAGUUCUGCCUCCAG